AUUUUGCUCAAGAAGAAGAACGUUAGUCACAUUUAAGCCAAACAUUGGCAGACAAUUUAAAAAAAACUAAACAGGAGUUUGUUGCUAAUAUGUGGUUAUAUCUUAUAAAGUGUCAUUAGUCAGUAAUUAACCGCUCUGCCGCCAUGUCGGUUUGCUUGAAGACCUGCAGAGGGUGUUUUCUGCGCAGUCGUGUCCUUCAGCGGGGGUUUCAGUCCGUAACAGCAGACAGAGAAAGACGGGCAGUGCUCCGGUUAAACUCAGCCGCUGUGGCUCGAUGCUGCUCCACUGUUCAGGGAGAGGUGAGGGUCAGGUUUGCCCCCAGCCCCACAGGCUUUUUGCACCUUGGAGGUCUCAGGACUGCUCUUUACAAUUAUAUAUUUGCAAAGAAAUAUGGGGGCACUUUCAUCCUGCGACUGGAGGACACCGAUCAGAGCAGGCUGGUUCCAGGAGCAGCAGAGUCCAUAGAGGACAUGUUGGAGUGGGCAGGCAUUCCUCCAGAUGAGAGUCCUCGUCGGGGAGGGCCCCUGGGUCCAUACCUGCAGUCUCAAAGAUUAGACCUCUACAGUCAGAUCGCUCGGGAACUUGUCGAACGCGACCAUGGCUACUACUGCUUCUGCAGCCCUCAGAGGCUGGAACUGCUGAAAAGAGAGGCUCUAAGGGCCGGCGAGACGCCACGGUACGACAACAGAUGCCGUCACCUGCGCGCGGACCAGGUCCAGGAGAUGCUGGCUAAGGGAGCGCCGCACGUCAUCAGGUUUCGACUGGAAGCCAGCGGCGAGCCUUUUCAGGACCUGAUCUUCGGAUGGAAUCAUCACGAGGUGGCCCAGGUGGAGGGCGAUCCGGUGGUGAUAAAAGCCGACGGUUUCCCCACCUACCACCUCGCCAACGUCGUAGACGACCACUUCAUGGAGAUCAGCCACGUGCUGCGAGGAUCCGAGUGGCUCAUCUCCACGGCCAAGCACCUCCUCAUGUACCGGGCGCUCGGAUGGCAGCCGCCCGCCUUCGGACAUCUGCCUCUCCUGACCAAUCCCAACGGCAGCAAGCUGUCUAAGAGGCAGGGGGACAUCUUUAUUGAAAACUUUCAGAAGGAAGCGGUCCUCCCCGAGGCUCUGCUGGAUUUUACAACCAACUGUGGAUCUGGAUUUACCACCAAUCGAAAUGGACGGAGGUUAGAGGAAAUGAUUUCGGAGUUUAAUCCUUCAAAGAUCACAACUCACUCGGCUUUGUUAGACCUGGAGAAGCUGCCAGAGUUCAACAGAAUCCAUUUGCAGCAGCGAAUUGAAGAUGAGCAGAAAUGUAAUGCGCUUAUAAAAGACCUGCAGCAGCAAAUCCAGCAGGUUUACGCUGCAGAGAUUCACAACCAAGAAGUGCUGGAAGAAGAUUAUAUUAGACGUGUGCUACAUCUCCGUAAGGGUCACAUAACCUCGCUGAGGGAGCUUUUGAGGCCAAACUACUCCUAUCUGUGGGUGCGUCCUUCCUUCUCCACCCACCAGGUGGCAGCGCUGACCAAGGAGGCUCCUCUUAUUGCUUCGCUAGUGCUGAGGCUGUUAGAAGAGCGGGGCGAGGAGCUGUCAGUGGACCAGCUCAGCAAAGACUUGAAGCGUUUGACUGAGCAGACCAAAGCUACCAAGUACAGGGAGGUGAUGAAGCUGCUGCGUCUGGUUCUCAGCGGCCUGCAGCAAGGUCCCAGUGUUGCUGAGAUGAUGGUAUCUCUGGGCCCCGCAGAGAUCAGACAUCGCUUCCAGAAGCUUCUGCUGCCUCCAGAUAACAGCUGAAGGUGGUUGACAGAUAACCGGCUACUCAACAGACUGCCUGACUGAGCCGCGCGUUGAGAAACUCGGGCCUUACUUCAGACGUGGCGGUGCUGUCAAAUGCAAAAGAGUUACAUCUGAAGACAAAUGAUAAAUGUUUAAUUUAUCUGGUGUUUACAAAGAAAGUUGGAAAACAUUUAGCUUGUAUCUUUUUUUUUUUUUCUUCGUAAGGACAGAAGCGUCUGACUUCAUGCACACCUGGGUGGGAAGUACCUUUGUGUUUUUAUGCAAAUGUUUUACUUCGGAAAAAUACCAGUCUUCAGCUGACGUGUAUGCUCCACCGAUUUGUGAUGGAAGAAAUCUUUACGGUUUUAAUAUGCCAUACAAGAAUAAUGACCGAUAUUACACACUUUUUUAUUGUAGCCCGUUUUACAAAGAUUAUGGGACUUUAGUGUUCCCUUAAUGGCGUGCCUUGCUGAUUUUAAGGGUAACUUAUGUUGCAUCAUAUGUGUACCCUAAGGGAACAGGAAGUUGUGGAUUGCUAAUAAAAUGUUAAUUAACAGCAGGGUGAAGUUUAAAAGGGUAAAAAAAAA